CUUUUGGCCGCAUCGGAGCUUGCAAUUGACGGCCAAAUGAGACAAAAAUGCUUGUUCCGUGAAUCCGCUCGGACAAGUUCGAGCGACUAGUGUGGCGGCUAGUGGGCGCCGCUCUCGCUUACCCCUGCAGGCUGUGACUGUUUCAAAACUUUUUGUUAUUCCUCCCAGGCAGCCCGUGUUGUACCAUGUCGAUUGUGAGACGUUUGUGGCAACGAAUACUGAAGCCAACAUAUUUUGUUGGAAAAGACUUGGAAGGAAACAAAUACUUUGAGCAUCCCAACGCGAACAAUGGACGUUCCAAACGAACAGUCAAGUACCGCAAAAAUGAAGAUAUGUGGGCAUACGUUGCUAGCGGAAAGCGACUGCCAGUGCAAUGGUCAGCAUGGCUGACGCAUACUAGGCCGGAUCCACCGAGCAUCGAGGUUUUCGUUUCACAGGAGUUGCAUGUCGAUAUAGCACGUCAAGAACGGGUAAAGGUCAACGCGGCCAUUCUGGAAGCGAGGGAUCAGGCAGAAAUAGCUAUAGCUAAUAGGGAACGAGUAGCGGCACCCAGCCACCAUUCUCAAAUCGAAACGCAGUCCCCAUCGGCAACGCAGAACGUGCCUGUGGAUCAAAGACUCGAACCUCUAGAAUCCGAUCAACGCCCAAAAGCGCAGACACGGGAUCCCUGGGCAGAGGCAUUGAAAGGAUCUGAUGAACCUCGAUCGUGGACGCCCAUAACGCGUAGGAGAUAGAACGCUUGUUUUUGGGGUGUGACAUGAAUCAGAGUUCAGGGUUUUAUUUCGAGAGGUUUGAGACAGUGACAGGAGUCUUGCCAUUGGGCUAACUGCCUCGUUUCUAGAUAUUAAUUUUAACCGAGCCUGAACUCGUGUUACCUAUGCUGCGUCGUUCGUGCAGAUUUUUCUAACGCUCGAGCCAGGGACUUGCGCACCUCUUC